GCCCUCAAAAAGACUCCCUUGGUCCGUCUCAAGUUGCGAUAAUAUUUAAAGUCCGCCACGCGUUUUCGCUGACCUAUUCUGGACGCUAUCACUAUUUUGGAAUGCUCACUUUCAUUUCUUGUCAUGCUCCGUGCGAUUGAUCCGCCACCUGACCGUACAGCCGCUCGUAAACGAAAACGGGACAAUGAUGUUUUUGAUGGAUCUGCCAACGUCAUUGCUAGCUUGGAAGGAUCGACAAGCAAGCUGGAAUCCACUUUGAAGGCAUUAUCAAGUUCGGUUCACACGUUACGGGAUGUUACAGAGGAUUUUGGCCGCAUCAGAAAGGUCACGCAAUUUGAACGGAAAUACGAGUUAGUAACGCAAUCCGACAUUGGCGUGGCGCAAUCGGCCAUCGCUGUAGAAUUAGCUCCUCAAAUACAGUCGUUGAUCCAAGAAGCCGAGAUCCUCCUGAAUAAGUUGGCUGCUGAAGAAGCAGCUCUCGAAACAAAGGUAUACAUCUAUAAUUCGGUGUCGAAAGAGGGAAUUUUUUUUUCUAAAGCUUGGUAUGAUAUGCGAAAGCUGGAAGAACAAGAACAGCAAGUCAAUCGCUUACGCACCGAAUCAGCCUCGUUACCUUCACGAACUGAUAUCAAUCAACGUAAACGAAGGACAGACGAACACAUGAAACAGUUGAAACGGUUGAGACAGAAAAAAGCCAGUUUGUCAAGGGCGAUCCAGCAAAGUCAACAUGAAGUAAAAGCAAAGGAUGAUGCAUUAACACGGCUUGAAAAACAAACUCUCGAUUUGGAGCCUCAACUAAAGAUGGUGGAGAAUGCUUACAACGCAAAUAUACCAACAAAAGAACAAGAAUCAAGACGACAGCAACUACUGGAUGAGCUGACGGAUCUCAAACGGAAAACACUGUAGCGGAACCUUCCAUUUCUAUAGAUACACCGCCUAAAGAGGAAUCAGAUUUGAGUGAGAAUAAAGACGACAUGGAGAAGCUGGGUCAACUCAAGUCACUAUGCAAAGUCAUAUUUCCUGAAAAUGACGUUGGCAAGACAGCG